AUGACCGCUUUUCUCCUCAUCUUUACCGUUCUCGUCAUUUUCCCGAACUCUCUCGGAAAAUGGCGAGUGUGGAUGACUAGUUUGGGACUGAAAAUAGACACGGAAAUUGGUUUCUCGCCAAUCUUAGCCUUCUCUGGGCUACGUUCCGUGUGCGAAGCCAGCGGUAUCUGCGGUGGAUAUGACGGUUGUCCUCCAGCUCCACCUCCUUCAUCAUGUUCAUAUCCUGGUUUCCUAUGGAUGUGGACGUUUUGGAUGUUAUCGAAUGGGAGCAAGAGGAUCAAAGCUUUUCGUGCCACGGCGAGAGUCGCUUCCCAAGGAAAAGUGAACCCAAAUCGAGCUUUCAUGGAGUGUUGCAUGGAUAGGGAAACUUCCCGAUGCCUGUCACCAAAAGGGUGCAGCUUCAAUUCGUACAAUAAAGAUGCAUUAACGAAAAUGUACUUUAAACAAGACGCACAUCCGCUUGCGGCCAUGUCCGAGGGUCCAAUUCUGCGCCGCAAUGGUCAAGGCCGCGAUCACACAGAGUGCUGUGCUCGAAAUGGAGUCACCACAACGCUUGCCGGCUCAAAAUGUCUCCUCUUUUGUGAUCAAAAACCCGGCCGUGUCACUCCACUCGAUCUCACCUAUGUCCCAUGUUUCGAUCGUUUUGCGAGCAUGAAAGCGUGUUUCUGGCACGAGCUCUCCACAUUCUAUAAAAUUCGA